AUGACUCAACUCAUCCGACGAGUAGAGCUUGCUCACAACAAGCCGAUUAUUAUCUUACUUGCGCUGCUAACUCAUCAUGCCCUCCACACUGGCGAGUGGGAUAAUAGAUUCCAUAUCUUCCUAGGAAUCUGGACGCUCGCAUUUAGUGGCAUCGCUGCUUCCGAGUACAUGUCCGAUGAACGCGUCAAAACGGUCGGUGCUGUUAUUCAAGUCACAGCAACCACAGCCGUGAUUUACUUCGCGACUUUGGCAGCAAGCAUUCUGCUUCAUCGGGGGUUCUUCCACCGUUUACGCAAGAUCCCUGGCCCGUUCCUCGCACGCUUCUCUAAGCUCUAUGGCAUCUUUGCUGGCGUCCUCCCAGAUUUCCAGUACUUCAAGUGGUGCGAGAAAAUGAAAGAAGAAUACAAGACGGAUGUCAUCCGUACCGGGCCUCGAGAAGUCACUGUCUACUGUGCUGACGCAAUUCCUCUCAUCCACGGCCCGAUGUCAAGAUGCAGGAAGGGCCCAUGGUACUCUGGCUACACGCACGUCGGAGGUGAUUCGGCCCACACCACGCGUGACAAGGAGGAACAUAAGCGACGACGCAAAGCCUGGGACCAUGCCUUCAACGCGAAAGCACUUCGAGAGUAUGAGCCGCGCCUCAACCGGCAUGCAGUUGCGCUGAUGGAACAGUUGAAGGAACAAGCUAAGCAGCCAUCUGUUUGCUUCACAAACUGGGCCAACUAUUAUAGCUUUGAUGUGAUGGGGGACGUCGGCUUCAGUCGUAGCUUUGGCAUGGUCGAGAAGGGCGAGGAAGCCGACGUCAUCAAGCUUUUGCACGAGAGCAUGUCUCCGCUCAGUGUCUUUGGGCACGUCAAUUGGGGACUAAAUCUACUUACACGAACCUCGGUGGGCGCGAAGGCUUUGCUUGAGCAUAUUGACUGGACAUCAAAUGUUCUCAAGGAGCGAAAACUGGUUACACCCAAAGAGAAUGACGUAUUCUCACGGCUCUUAGAUCCAAAUGAUGACAAGAUCACCCCGGAAAUGAAUGCUGACUCACGAUUGCUGGUUGUGGCCGGCAGUGACACUACAGCAGCGACUCUGGCCUGGAUCGCCUACGAGCUUUGCAAAAACCUAGAGGUGCAAGCCAAGCUCCGAAAAGCCAUCGACGCAAUCGAGCCUGAGAAAUGGCAUCUGGAUGUUGACGAUGUUGCAAACAUCGCUUUCCUUGACGGUGUGAUCAAUGAAGUUCUGCGGCUUCAUCCUGCCGUCCCUUCAGGCGUUCAACGCGAAACUCCCCCUGAAGGCUUAACUCUCCCCAACGGCACAUUUUUACCAGGCAACGUACACAUCUGGAUGCCUAUCCACUCUAUACAGCGCGACCCCCGCUACUUCCAGAAACCCCUCGACUUCAUGCCCGAGCGCUGGACUGGCGAGCAACCCGAUGCUGUUAUUGAGAAGCGCGCGUUUAUGCCCUUCAACACUGGUGUGUACAACUGUGUGGGCCAGAAGCUGGCAAUGAUGGAGCUAAGGAGUGUAACGGCGAACUUGAUCCGGUUGUUUGAGAUGAGCUUCGCCGAGGGGGAAGACGGCAGCACAAUCGAAAAGAAGACCCGUGACUGCUUUACAACAAAUGUGGGAAAGCUAGAUGUGAAGCUUACGCCGCGGUACAAGGCCUAG